UUAAGAAAUACUGCUGUCUUAAUCAUUCGGCGCGCUUGUAACUGCCCGCCAUAUUACAUACCAGAUCGUGGGCAGCUCCGAGGCUCCAUAAAAGAAACAUAUUCCAGGAAGCAAUUUCUUCUCUAGGCUCCUUCUAGAUUCGAGCCCAUGUGAGAGACCCGUUUAUUGCGUGAUUGGUUUAGGGUUCUGGAAAGUGCUAGAGGCUGACUUGCAUUUAGUCCCAGCUCUGCCACUGGAUGAGCAGUAUGUUUUUGUGCAGGUCACUCCUGGCUUCAGUUUCCUUAUCUGUAAAAUGGGGAGAAUAAUAAUCACUUUGGGGUGGUCGUAAUACAAGGUUUAGUAAAUGCAGUGCCAUACAGGAGGUACUGCAUAUAGGUGGUGAGUGAGUGAUGCUGUUUUUUUGCUGAGAAUACUCGUAACCAGACCGCGUGACUGCUGUUGGAGAUAAACUCGAUGUUGAAGACAAAGUUCCCUAUCACCUAACUCAUAAUGAAAAAUUUUAAAGAGAAGACCUGGUGAGAAAGCAGCCCCAACAAAGUGGAUCAAAGGGGCCCUAAAUUAAAACAAAACAAAAAAAGACCUCUUAUGUGGAGAAGUUGUGGAAGCCACCUGUAAAUCCAUUUACAGAAUUUAUGGAAAAGCCUCCAAAUAAUGGAAGUCAUUCAGAAGAAUUCUUUUCCCAUCUUAAAUGUAGAUCGGAGAAAGAAGAUUUACCGGCUUGUGCCAGUGAAAGUCGUCUCAGCUGCCUGAAGCAGCACAUUCUAAAUGAAAAGAAUGAAUUGGAAGCAACACUUAAGGAAGCUGAAUUGGCAACCCAUUCUGUAGAAUUACUUUUGCCAUUACUUAAGGAUACCAUUGAAGAGAUUAGUUUUGAAAAUGCUACUCUUUCUGCAUCCAAUUUGAAGAAGAUUUCUGAACAGAAGGAAGUAUUAACAAAAGAAUUAGACACUUUUAAACAUGUAAAAUUGGCUUUAGAACAUCUUCUUACAAAGACAGACUACAAACAAACAGGAGACAAUUUACCUAGCAUGUUGUUAAAGAAUUUAACUGAUGAUGAAAAUGAAAAUACUGUGAAGAAUCUUAAGAAGAGGGUAUUUGAGAAGGAGACCUAUAUCCAAGAACUUUCUUGUUUGUUUCAGAAUGAAAAGGCAAAUGCUUUGAAAGCAAACCGUUUUUCUCAAUCAGUAAAAGUAGUACAUGAACGACUACAGCUCCAAAUUCAUAAAAAGGAAGCAGAGAAUGAUAAAUUAAAAGAAUACAUAAAGAGCUUAGAAUCCAAGAUAGCCAAAUGGAACUUGCAAUUGAGAAUGAAUAAGCAUGAGGCUGUAGCAAUGAAGGAAGCAAGUAGGCAAAAAGCUAUCGCUCUAAAAAAGGCAUCUAAAAUUUACAAACAAAGGCUUGAACAUUUUACAGGAGAUAUUGAAAACUUUACUUCCCAAAUUAGAGAUCAGGAAGCCAAAUUGUCUGAAACAAUUUCAGCUUCCAAUGCCUGGAAAAGUCGUUAUGAGGAAAUUGUAAUAGAAAAAACUGAAUUGGAAGUUCAGAUCGAAACAAUGAAAAAGCAAAUCACUAAUCUUUUGGAAGACCUGAAGAAAGUGGAAGACCUUGGAAAAAAUUCAUGUGAAGAAAUUCGUAGAAAACUUCACUCAAUUGAAUAUGAAAAUGAAACUUUAAAUUUUGAGAAUACGAAAUUAAAGACUACACUUGCUGCUUUGAAGGACGAGGUUGUUUCUGUUGAAAAUGAACUCUUAGAAUUGCAAGAAGUAGAAAAACAACAGAAAACCCUCAUGGAAGUAUAUAAAACUCAGGUACAAAAGUUGCAAGAAGCAGCAGAAAUGGUAAAAAGCAGAUGUGAAAAUUUGCUACAUGAAAAUAACCUAUUAACAAAAAACAAAAAUAAAAAGUUAGAGAAGAUGAGAGACCAGAUGGAGUCUCAUCUGCAGGAGUUAGAGCAUGUCCGCGAUUCCUUGACGGCAGCUGAACGGAGGCUUCACAAGUGUCAGGAGAAUUUGCAGCGCUGCAAGGGGAAGUGUGCAGACCAGGAACACACCAUUAGGGAGCUGCAGGGCCAGAUUGAUGGAAAUCACAAUCUUCUGAUGAAGCUUUCUCUGGAAGAGGAAAAUUAUCUUAUUCAGUUGAAGUGUGAAAACCUUAAACAGAAAUUAGAACAGAUGGAUGCCGAAAAUAAAGAGCUUGAAAAGAAGCUGGCAAACCAAGAAGAAUGUCUUAAGCACAGCAAUCUUAAGUUUAAAGAGAAAUCUGCGGAAUAUACAGCAUUGGCCAGGCAACUAGAAGCUGCUUUAGAAGAAGGAAGACAAAAGGUUUCUGAAGAAACAGAAAAAAUGUCAUCUAGAGAGAGGGCUUUACAAAUUAAAAUAUUAGAUCUGGAAACUGAGCUUAGAAAGAAAAACGAAGAGCAAAAUCAACUUGUUUGCAAAAUGAACAGUAAAGCACAGCAUCAGGAAGUGCGUUUGAAAGAAAUACAGCAUAGUCUUGAGAAAUCGGAAAAUCAAAAUGAGAGUAUUAAGAAUUAUUUACAGUUUCUUAAAACUUCUUAUGUAACAAUGUUUGGAUAAAUUGUCAACUUUAUUUUCUAUAAGCAGUAGAUUUUAUUAUGAGUCUAAAAUGUGAUUAGGUAAAGAAUAAAUAAAUAUACUACCAGUUGCUAUAUUUUAUGAUUUAUGGAUGGUAAUAUGAGAGUUUUUAUAUAAAGAUUUUUGAAACAUAAUAAAUUAUGUUUCAUAAUUUAUUAUGUUUCAAAUAAACACAAUUUAUUAUCUUAUUGAAACUUUAAAACAAGAUAGCCGUUAUCCUUUUGCUGGGUACUUCUCAUUUAGCUCUGGUUUAAUUCCUUUUUAAAUUAUAUUGGUUUUUAGAAUAUUUCUCUCUCACACACAUACACACACACAAGACAGAUUCAUUCUUUGUGAUGUCUGUAGCCAUGAUUCAAGUGAAUUUGUAAUGAAUCUAGGUCAAUUAUGAGCCAAAUACAUGAUUUUAAAUACUGUAUGUAAUUGUUUUAUAUUGUGGUGCUAUAUAAAUAUAAUAAAGGAAAAUAUUCUGAA